AUGCGAAUCAGAAAAGGCUUGAUUGAAGAUGGCUCAGCAACCAACACGUCAUCAUCCUGUGGUGAAAUCUUCAGGGACAAAGACGCUAAGUUCUUGCUUUGCUUUGCUGAAAACACUGGUAUUGGUAGUGCAUACCAUGCUGAACUUUCAGGGGCUAUGAGAGCAAUAGAGAUUGCAGUGCAGCAUCAGUGGACCUCUCUCUGGUUGGAAUUUGAUUCAACCCUUGUUGUUAAUGCUUUCAAAAAUCACUCCCUCGUUCCUUGGAGACUCAGAAACCGCUGGACUAAUUGUAUGCUUAGCAUCAGCUCCAUGAACUUCUUGGUAACUCAUAUAUAUAGAGAAGGUAAUAGUUGUGCUGAUGCACUAGCUAAUUUUGGUCUUUCACUUGAUACUAACUAUUUGGCUAGAGAUCCCUAUGUGCAUUAG